UUUGUAUUUCGUGAUGUUACUGGAAUUUGUUUCUGCCUGGUGUACAAUUGGCAUUUAUUAAUAAGUUACAUAAAAUGUUUAAUAUUAAAUAUUAAUAUUCAAUAACAACUCAAUGCCCGAGUAAUAAUAUUUGAUAAAUAUUUUUCAAAAGCAAUACAUAUAGUACAAUGAUUGAAGUAUCGGCUAAACUUAUUGGUGGGCCUAUAUUUAUGCCUGGUAGUAAAAUUGGCUGUUGUAUAACAUUUACUCAUCCUCCGUUACCGUCACAUUCUCGAAGUCAAAGUAAUAGGUAAGAAUUAACCAAUUCAUUUUUCUCGUUAAUCUGUAGUGUGAGUUGCUAGGUGGUAGUACCUAUUUGAUCUAAACAAUUAAUUCUGAAUACUACUAUCUGGACUAUAGGCAUUUGAACAAUUAUGCAUUUUUAAUUGAAUUAUUUAUAUAGAUGUUUUAUACAAAUUAGUGAUUACAUUAUAUUUUCAGUGAUGUUUUAGAAAAUUUGGCGUGGGCCAGUGUUCAAAUUAAUUGUUUGUGUUUAACUAACGACAAUAUCAACUUUCCAUCGGACAUGUGUGUCACCAAAGAUGAAAAAUUUUUAGGAAAUUCUGAAACGUCAUUUGCACCGUGUUUAACAGAUAAUGGUCAUGUAGUUUUGUCAACAAAACCAAAGAUUUUGUUCUGUGAUGUUGGACUAUCACCCGGUGAAAAUAAAUCAUGUAAGUAUUACCACCACAAAUUUAACUAAUAUUGAAGUCUAGAAACAAUUUGUAGGAGUUGAUUCAAUUUAAAUUAAAUUUUAUCAUCCAAAUUACUUUAAAAUAGAUUAUGAGACUACUAUAAUACCGGACACCUUUUUUUCUGUUUUUAAUUAUAUUUUCGUAUAAUUUAAUUACCUUUUUGUAUGUCUUUGUGAUUUAGAUUUAUAUUGUGAAACUUUACCAAAUGAUGCACCACCAUCAUAUAAAGGUCACUUAGUAAAAUAUGCGUAUAAAAUCACAGUUGGUAUGCAGCGUUUAAACAGUCCGAUUAAACUGCUGAGAGUUCCAAUUCGUGUUGUAGUUAUUCACGGUAGGUAAUUAUCACAGUAAGUAAUAGGUAUUUCUUAAACAUUUUUUAGUUACCUAAUUAGUUAAUUAAUUUUGUUUUUAAUUGUUUUAGGACUUACUGAAGGGGUGACGUGUGAGAAUAGCAUCGAUCUAUCUCCUAGCAAUCCAUUUUUAGAGUCUCAAUAUAAACAUGAAGAAUGUGAUAUGGCUCUUCAAAUGCUUCAAGUAUGUAUCUUAGAAUUCAAUAAUUUGUUUCUUAUUUAUAUUUUGAUCUAAUAACGAUUUGAGCAAUUGAAAAAUAUGACUACUAAAAUUAAUACAUUAUUAAUAUAUAUAGUUGUAUUAAUUUUAUUGUUUUAGAAUAUAACUGCAAAACGGAGCCCAAAUUUUUACAAUAUAACAAAUUCUCGAGGAAAAGUUGCCCGAUUUUGUUUAUUCAAACAAGCGUACAGGCUCGGUGAAGAUAUAGUUGGUACUUUUGAUUUUGAACAAACUGAUGUAUCUUGUAUUGAGGUAUAACAUUUUUUUAUUUUAAUUACUUAAGUAUAUAUGAUUAAUAACAACUUAAAAUAUUGAUUUACUAUUUGCAAUGCUUAAAUUCUUCUUCUCCUAUGCUUUCAUCUCAGCUAUUUGGGACCAGCCAUCCUCAUCUUAAACUUAAUUUGAUCCGAUUUCCCACCUCACAUACAUUGGCUGUCCUUGAGUGUCCUCAUAUCAUUCUCAACCAUAUCCUGCUGCCACAAUUUUAUUUUUUGUUGCAAUUUAGUUAAAAAUAUUUGUAGAGACUUGACAUUUAAACAGAAAAAUUAUAUUUGCCUUUCCUAGAUGUGCUCAAAUUUUCAAAACAUUUUAGUCACUUCGAGCUAUAAGACAUUUAUAUUUUGCGAGUUAUUUAUGAAAUUUUUAUUUGUGGAUAAAAUCAUUAAACUUAACAGAAAAAAAAAAAUUCAAUAAUGUAAAAUUGUUUUUAUACAAAUUUGAUAUUCAAAUUUUGACGAAAAUUGUAAAUAUUAUGGCCUUUCAAAACGCGUAUAACCAAACUCUGCUCAGAAUCCUUUUUUGUUAGCAAUAAUCAUUUGUUGCAUACAUAUAUGCAUUAUAUUCUGCUCAACAUCCUCCCUUACCAACUUCUUAUCAUGCAAAGUAUAUCAGUCUUUUUUUAUUAUUACUUUAUAUACAUAAUAUAAGAGCAAUUUAAUUUAAAAAUAAAAAUAUUUUUGUACACACAUUGGGUAUACAAUUUUUUUUCUUUGAUUUUAAAUACUUCAAUUUAUUUUCUAAAAAUAAUCUUUUAUUGAACUUAACUUUGUGGAAUAUUUUGUAUUUACCAAUGUUUCUAAUAACAACAACGUUAUUCUUUCAGCAUUCCUGGCUUCAUAUUUUGUAUAGUAAAAUUAUUCUAGAGUUCUCAAUGCAGCAUGAGCUUUGGAUAUUAAUGAUACAAUUUCAAAAUUGUCAUCGAACUUACCAAUAUUAUUAUCUGGCUCUAGUUGUUUGCUGGUCAUAAUAUCUUUGACUAUAUAUCUUCAUCUGUUGUAAUUGCUGAUGUUGUGAGGUCAUCAUUAAUCUUGAUAUAGUCUUCAUCAAUGUUAUUAAAAACAUUAAUAACCCUACACGUCAAAAGCAAUUAGCAAUUCCCGUAAAUAUAACAUUAUGCCAAGCUUAAUUCAGCAUUAUUAUGGCAUCUAAAACAAUUUUUUUUUGUCUUCACUUGUUUAUUAAUAUUCCUUAUUAUUCUGAAUACUAACUGAUUCUAGUAAAGAUCUUUUAGAGUCCUUAUAGUUACCUUGGUCCAUCGGUUGAAUGAGAGAAGUAGUGUUGUGAGGUAACAAUACAAGUUUAAUAAAUUUUAAUUGCUAUAAUGGAAAAAUUUGUUUGGAAUUUAAAACAUCUAGGAUUUUUGGACUUUUCAAUAACAAGCAACUUUCUCAUAUUAGUUUCAAUUAUGUUGGCCCGCUACGAGAAUUGUUAUUUUUUCCUAGGAUAAUCUCACCCGCCCGAGCAUUUUUCACUCUUAAAAGGUAGAGUAUUAUUAGGAGUUUAUAAAAAAGGCCAGUAUUGUAAAUUUCAUUAUUAUAGUAACCCUCUUUGAAAAAUGGCCAAAUGUUAGCGAACCAAUCGGAACACAAUUCAGUAUUAACUGCUGGCGACUCGCCUAAAAUUUUGUCAAAAUCGAUAUUGUGCUGUUAUUUGAGAUGCUGAUUCCAAGAUUUAGAGCAUUUGAAAUUCUUUGUCUUCAUUUUUUGAACCAAUUGGUCAGUUUUUACUUAAAGGCACGUUCGAUUGUCGUUGUUUGAACAGCUUCUUCAAGGUCCUUGUGUUUUGCAGUGCGCAGUCGUCUUACCUGAAGUGAAGUGGUUUGAAACAUAAUUUUCAACGUAUCUCGGUUCUUCCAUAUGGUUUAAAUCGUUGACGAUGAGGUACCAAAUUCUUUUUAUAAAAGUUGUCAUUUAAAUGCCAAAAGUAGAUAGUCGUUUCACCCUUAACAAUAAGGUUGAAAAUAAUAAUGUUAAUGUUCAUUUUAGAGCUGUUUGUUUUUUUAAUUAUCAAAAAAAAAAAGUGAAAAUACUUUUUGAAAUAAUGAAUGUAUUCGCUUUAAUGGAACACCCUGUAUAUAUGUACAAUGAGUAGUACAUUUUUAAAUUUUUCCUAUAGCUAAGAAAAUAUGUAAUGUUUGUGAGGUUAUAAUAUAAUAUAUAUUAUAUUUUCAAGUACUAUUACAUUUUCAUUAGCUAUAAAAAUAAUGGCGUUAUCAAUACUCCUCUGAAUAUGUCAUUGAUUCUUGUAAAUAAUAUAUGAUAUUUUCUGUAAUAAACUUGAGGUUGGUAUCACGUUUACUAUUUACACAUUGUUUAUUAUUUUAUUUUUUAUUUUCUGGGCUGAAGUGAUUGAUUGCUAAAAUUAAUAUUAAUUGAUAUUAUUAUAUUUCUAAUUGUUAAAACAAUAACUACCUAUAUCUAUAGUUAUAAUUUAGAAUUAUUGUUAUUAUUUGCACACAAUUUAUUCUUAUUAUUUUUUAGACCAACUAUGUGUUAAUAUAUUUACCCUGUUUAAUAAUAGGCUGUUUUCAAAAAUUAUUAGUAAACUUAUUUUAUUAUUUAAAUAACACUACUUAUAGUUAUGUGCAAUAAUACAUAUUACUCUUAAUUAAUGACCAUUACAUAGAAAUUACUGUGAUUAUUAUAAUAAUUACUGAUAAUUUAUAGUAUCAUUAAUGAUCAAUUUAAUUAUUUAAAACUUUUAACAUUUUUAACUAAAAUGGUUUAAUAUUAGAUUUUAUUGUUAUUAAAUUUUAUUUUAUUACUAUUGAUAUUUUCAACAGUAUUAUUUAUCACCCAGUAAAUAAUUACACAUCAAUUCGACUAAAUUAUACAUGAACCCUAUAUAUUAAUAGAUGACCUGAUAUUAUAUGAGCUGUAUUAAUAUACUCAGUUAUCUCUUUACUAAGUGGAAUAUAUUUGUAAAUUAUUCGUAAUUUAAAACUCAAGAGACGAGUCGAAUCGAAUGUUUCUAGAUUUAAAUAAAUAUUUGCAUUUUAAACAAUUUAUUUAUUUUUUCGGUAUUAAAAUAUUACAAAUGAUAAGAGAUUAUUUUAAUUACUCCCUUCUCUGCACAGCAUGAUUUACUAUUACUAGUUUAGAUUAACUUCAACUAAUCAUUGUGUAAUAAUACAAUUCAAAUACAAUAGUAUGUUAGUAUCAAGUAUAUAUAUUCAAUAUUCUUCAAUAUAUAUUUUCAAGUACUAUUACAUUUUCAUUAGCCAUAAAAAAAAAUGGUGUUUCCUUUAAAACUAAAUUUAAAGCUUAAAUCCUUACUCGAAAAAAAAUGUAAAAAAUUAUAUUGAAAACAUAAAUAACCUAAAAUUAUUUUUUUACCACUAUAAUCAUUAUCAUACUUUUUAUUAUUAUCACAAAGUGAAAAAAAAAAUGUAUUAAGAUCUGAUGUUAAUUACCGCAUUAGAUAUUUCAUGAAGACCAUUCUAUGCACAUUUCAAAAAUUAAAAAUGUUGACACCUGCUUAUUUUUCGUUUUAUGUAUUUUUCGAAAUUGUUGAUACUUAAUAAUCACAAUGGCUUGAUAGUUAAGAAAAGCUAUUUUAAUUAAUUUGUUAUCAAGUUUUCACUAUACCUACGCUUAUACUUGGUUUAAAUUUUUCUAUAUUUUGUUAUAGUGUUUAAACUGAUUUUUUUUUAUCAUUUUCAUUAAAUUUCAAUUUUCUAUAAACUGGUUAUUGUAAACUAUUAUACAUUUCCAUUGACCACUUAUAGUACACUAGUACACUAGUACUAUUUAUAUUGGUUUUCUGGUGUACUUAUUUGGUAUAUUAUUAUUAUUAUUAUUACCCUACCAUGUUUAAAAUAUAGAAUGAAGUUUGUGUAAAUAUUCCCGUUUGAACAAAUGACUAUGGAUCGCUGUGUCAGAUUCCUUGGUAAACAUGAAUUAGGUACCUAAAUUUUGUAAUUAAAUUAAACGUGAAAAUUCGUAAGCUAAAAAACGAAAAUUUGCCAAUUUUACAAGUAUCAAUUCUAGAUAAAUUUUAUCAUACUUAUCUAUACAUAUUAAAAAUGUAUGAGUACUUACUUAAUUAUGUAUUCUAAAUCCAAAUAAAUCGAUAAAAUAAAAAUAAAACAUUACGUCAUAUUUUUAAAUUCAAAUGAUUUUAAUGAUCUCGCGAACAUUUUUUUCGGUUGUGCCUGUGCAAGAGUAAUGUUUGGUUAGGAAAAAAUAUGUUUGAAUACGUUUAGGGAUGAAAAAUUGUUAAAAGGGUAACGAGUGGAAUAAUAAUAAUAAUGUGGUGGUUACGCAUUCAAUAAACGCGAGCCAUUUACAAAACUGUCAAGUACCGAAUUAAAUAAUAAAAUAUUAUAAUUUUACGCGGUUUUAGUGAAUUUAUGAAGGCCUUUGGAAAUUGAAAAUCAAUUAUUAUGUACAUAAUUAUCACCAAAACGUAAAGCGAUACACCCAAAAUUAAUGACUUUCAUUAAUUAUUAUUCAGUAUAAUAAUCGCUUUACAUUAUUAUAAAGGCAUUUAAUCACGAGCCAUAAUGUUCAUGUAAUCAUGUCGAAGACAAAAGUCCAACAAAUCCUAUUAUCCUAACAGUCUAGUAAGCUUUAAAUUUAACCCUAUUAGUUUAUGUCAUUAGUUUAAAAUCCCCUUUUAUGCAACUGAUUAUAUUUAAAUAUAUAAUAUACAGUGUGAUUAUGUUUCCAGGUAACGCUAAAUAUUUUCGCCUGAUAACUUUGUAUUUGAAUUCUGUUUUAGGGAGCUGAUAAGAGCUGCUGAAAUAUACAUUUAAAGAUGCAUUUUAGUUUUUUAACUCUUUCGCUACGUGCAUGCCCGAUGCAAAAUACUUCUUUUUUAAACAAUACUUCAUUAACUUAUUCAAAAAUAUCUGUGGAGCACCCAAUCUUUUUCCAUCAUUCCGCAUUUGGAAGUUCCCUGCCCCUUUCAAAUCUACUGUCCCCCGAAUGGACCAAAAUGAUCUCAGGGGGCUGUACCGUCCCCGUUAAAAACCACUGAAUUUAUAUUCCCUAUCACCUCGAAAAUGAAAUACAAAUCCAAGAUUAUCUGACCGCAAGGUUUAGUGUUACCUAGAAAUAUAACUACACUGUGUUUAACUAUAUUUUUUACAGAAUAUUUCAAUAUAAAUAUUUUAAUGGAUUACCUUUAUAUGCGUUUUUUAAAGUGUAAAUGGUUUUUAGACCCUGGUAGCAAAGAACCUAUAUUAGUUUUACUAAGAUUGAUUUUUUACUCUCGGAAAACCUUUCUUUGGUUAGUAAAAAAGUUCAGAUUUAUCCUUGCCAUACCUUAAAGGUACAGAUUUUAUAUCCGGCGGUAUUUUAUUUGAACAAUUUUUGUAAACUAUCAAACGUUUUAAUAAACAGUUAAAACUACUGACAAAUAUUGAUUCGUCGAUUUUAUUUGUAAUAAUUAGCUAGGACUAUGAUCUUUGCUAUAAGCGGAAAAAAAAGGUAGCCUUGUCAGUUUAUCGGAUUCUGUUCAGAAUGAUUUUUCGAUUGCAAUGAUUUAUCGUUGUUUUCAGUAUGUAAACUAAAUUACUCGCCUUAUAUCUUACCUAACAAAUAAAUCCAUCUUCCGACCUACAAUUGCGGUGUGACCAAUCAAUUUAUUUAGUAAUAAUUUAGCAUUGUUGUUUUUAUCUUUAGCUAUUUAUUUAUUAAUAUUCAAGAGAUUAUAAUAUUCCUAAUAAUUACUUUAUUUACUUAAAGACUACGAAAAAAACAACGAUUUAUUUUUACUACGUCAUAAUCAAACAUCGCUUAAAAAACUUAAAAGGUCGCAUAUUUAUCAUCAAAUUAUGACAUAAUUAUCAUAUUAUAUCAUUUUUGUAUAGAGUAAUUAAGAGUUAUUUUGGGUGUUUAAAAAACAAAAAAUCACUAAUUAAUGUAAUUUCAGUUUUCAUUUUAUUAAAAAUCUACUUUCUCUUUUACAGUUUUAAUAUUUAAGAUUUCGAUUAGUGGGAAAGCUAUCCGUUUUAUUAAGAAAUGUUUCUUUCUGGCCUCUAUAACCUACACAUAAUUUGUUUUCUCCACCAUCUCCCGCGUACCUAGUAUAGCAACAAAAUAUACACAUCGCACUUCAACGAUUGCAACUCUUUAAUUGAGUUUAGGAUAAACAGACCUAUUGUACGAUUUUAUAAUACAGAUUAUUUACUAUCCAUUGGCCAAAUCUUUUUUUAAUAUUUUCAAUUUUACUAUUAAAAAAUGCGCGUUUAACAUAAAAAUUUAAUUUAAUUUCUCUUAUCUUUAACCGUGAACAAAGCAUUCAGCCUAAGCAUAGUAAAUCUCUCUUCUUUAUAAAAUGUAUUAUAGGUCUUUUUACUUUAAACUCAUCCAGAAAGUCGCAAUCGUUGAAGUGCGAAAUGUAUUUAUUGCUAAAUGACGCGUAAGACAGAGAAAAAAAAUAAAUAAUGUAUCGAGUCCUCUUAAACAACUUUUUUCACGCCGUACGAAAAUGCGGAAAUUCGGAUUUUUCGUCCGGCAGAACUUUAUUUGAACAUUUUCUCUAGAUUCCCGAACAUUCUUCUUGAAAAUUAAAAGAAAUAAUUAUUAUCGGUUUUACUUUUAUUGAUAACUGAAUUACUUCGGGUAUUGGAGAAAACCACGACUGACUAGUAAUAUAAUAUAAUAUAAUAUAAUAUAUAUAUAAUAGUAUAUAACCGAGUUCCACUCAAAAUAGUUUUUUGACCGCAACAUUCGUAUAAACUUAAUUAGGUACCUUAUAUCCUGUACCUUUCCAACUUCCUAACUACAGCAAUGGUCAUAGUAUGAAUAAUUCUAUACCCGUUUUUUUGAUAAUAUUGUCAUCGAGUGUACAAUUACGUAUAAUAUAAAUACGAUGGUUUUAAUAAUAUGUAUAGUAUACUAAAUUUAUUUUCUCGAUCAAUUCUUAAUUUCUAAUGUUUUCAUACGAGCAAUUCGGAAUAUUUUGUAUAAUAUAUUACACGUUUACAUAAAGAACACAUUUUUGAACACUAUUUGUUUGCGUUCUUAUACUUGUAUUAAUCGCUACAAUGCUAUCACUAGUAUCAUAUCAUACCGAUAUUGUUUUAGCAAUUGAAAACGUUUCGAUUGUAACCUUCUUGAUUUAAACAAUUCAAACGAAUAGAUUUAUUGUAUACCUACGACACAUUAUGUUUAUAGGUCGAAAAAUGUGAUUUAUGAACUAAUGUUUAUUAUUUACUCGUUCCAGCUAUUAGUCAGUCAAUAGAUUUAGCGUCUUUGUCUGAGAAUUAUUCUGAUUUCAUAAACAUUAUUAUGUUUAUGAAAUUAUUAAAAUGUUUAACGUUUAUCAAACAUUAUUUAUUAUUUUAUUAUUAAAAUUGCUGUAUUUUAUGAGAAAAAAAUGACUAAUAUUGCUGAUCGGUGUACUACUGUUUAGGAGAGAAGUUGGAAGGAAGAACAUAAUAUAGAGUAUUUACAUUUUUUUUCUGUACUUAACGUUGAACCAUUGUUGACGAAAAAUGAUUCUGAGCAAAAUAUGCUAUUAGUUUUAUUGUUUCCGUUGUUGUCAUGGUAAUUCGGAAAUCAAUUAACAUUUAUACAAAAUAAAAAAAAAACUACGAAUAAAAUCAAAAAAAUUACCUUAACAGUACACUAACUUGUAACAUUAAAAAAUGCUACAAGAAAGUUCCCAUAAAGUUUACGAUCGGAGCAAGUUUUCUGGUAGAAAAGUUUUUACAGACACAAAAAAAAAUCUAUCAUAGAAAAACCGAUAAACAUUCCACUUCAAGAACACAAUUUGAAAACUAUCGAUAUUUAUUAUGUAUAAUGUGUGUAAAUUUAAGUUUUAUCUAACAACACCGGAUAAUAUUUUUAUAGCGUAAAUUGAAAUCGUCCGAAAUUUUGUCCAUAUGUUCUUACAGUUUACAGUCAGUUUGCAGUGCGAGGAAGCGGUCAACAAGGACUUUGUCGCCUCCAGCCCGAGGCCCAGAAAGGACAACGUCUCGGUCGUUUCGUACAACACACAACACCAGUUCUGCGCUAACACUCUGAAAUCGUUCCUGCAACUCGCCAUACCGUUAAACGUCACUCCCGCUUUUAGCACUUUAUUAGGUGAUUAUAUGUUACAAAUGCUUGCACAUAUGCACGUAGGCUUUCCCAUAAAUAAGACACACACGUUCGAUGGUACCUAAAAUUUUUCUUCCUGGCAUUAUAAUAUUGUUCCAAGAAUUUUUUUCGUUAUUCUGACACUGCCUUCCAUACCUCGCGAUUGUCUAUUCUCUUUCUGUAUCUCGCUCUCUCUUGUCAAUAAUUCUCUACACCUAAUUUCUCCGGGUCUUGUUUCACCUCAUCCAUCCAUCGGUUCUUUUGACGUCCUCUAUAGGUCUCUUUCCAGUUUUGUUAUCAUCUCGACUUUAGGGAUCGCCGAUUUCGGUCUCCGUACCGCAUGGUUUGUUAACAAGUUGGGAAAAAAAUCGAUCGUAGAGUCGAAAUUUAUUUAAAAUUUGUCUACGUAAUAAUAUUAUAAUUGCCUUGUAGUAUUUUAUAUUCGGAAAGUGUUUAAUUUAUACAAUUUAUAAUAUUAUUGAUACAUAUUACAGUUAUUGACUGCAACCAAUUUCAAAAGCGAAAUUUUCACUUCGUAUUUUCCGUUGUUUUUACAUUUGCCGGUCGUUUUUCUAUGGGCAUUUCUCAGGUGGAAUUUGAAUCGGGGCUCUAAAAAUAUUUUAUAAAAUAUAUAUAAAUGUAUGUAUACGGGGCAGGUUAAACAUAUACUUAUAAACGUUUGUUUUCCGAUGACCCCCCCAGUGUGCGUGAAAUGGAGGCUUCAUUUUGAAUUCGUCACCAGCACGAAGACCUCGGGCGAGCGGGUGGACGAGACCAAGGAGGGCACGUGCUGGACGGGACCGGAAAACAUAGACAUCGAGACAAUGGUUUGGGAUCUGCCCAUACAAAUUUACCCGUCCGUUCCGUCCAUAGCCAACGACCCGCACGCCCCCACGAGGAUAACAAUCGUGAUAUGAUUUUCAUUUUGUUAUUACAAUAUGCGAACGUGCGCGUGUAUUAUGUAUAAUAUAAUAAAAAUAGUAGGUAUUUUUUUUUUUUUUUUUACGAAUUAUUAUCAAUCAAAAAUGUUUUUUUUUUUUUUACACCUUAUUUUUUGUUUAUUAUUCGUAUCUUGAUAAAUUACUUUUAUUCUCUGUUAUUAAAAGUUGAAAAGGGGACCUUUU